CUUAGCGCCAACAUCAACAACAGAAACAGCUACGCUGUAAAUGUGCGUUUUUGCUUGAUGACACAUAACAAAGUGAUUGGCCGAACAAAAUACGUUGCUCGUAUAUCCUCCAAAGAGAAGCCUAGCCUACAUUGCUUAUCCCUAGCUCUAGCUGCACGACCAACUUCCUCGUAGACUUAAAAAAAAAACACACACAUGUCAGUGCCAGAGCAGAGAUACCUGGGAGCUUUGUUCUGAGGCCAAUGCAGUAAAGAGGAGAGUGCCUGCUACUGUAGCUACGUGUAAAAACAUUCACAAAGCCAGAAUAAAAAUGAAUGUUGGUGUAGCUCACAGUGAGGUGAAUCCAAACACCCGUGUCGUGAACAGUAGAGGGAUAUGGCUGACCUAUGCCCUUGGAGUUGGAAUGCUACACAUUGUGCUUUUGAGCAUCCCCUUUUUCAGUGUACCUGUGGUGUGGACUCUCACAAAUAUCAUACACAAUUUUGGGAUGUACAUCUUCAUGCAUGCUGUAAAAGGCACUCCAUUUGAGACCCCAGACCAAGGCAAAGCCAGACUACUUACACAUUGGGAGCAGCUAGACUACGGCAUGCAGUUUACAUCAUCCAGAAAAUUCUUCACAAUCUCCCCAAUUAUAUUAUAUUUCCUAGCAAGUUUCUACACAAAGUACGAUACAACACACUUCGUCAUAAACACUGCCUCACUUUUAAGUGUACUGAUCCCCAAACUGCCACAACUACAUGGAGUGCGAAUAUUUGGGAUCAACAAGUAUUAAGUGUUGAGGGCAGUAAUGUGACUCAUCUACAAUGUAAUUGCCACAUGACAACAAUAGUUUACCCUUUGUCCUACAGAAGUGGAAACUAAAAAGUUGUGUAUGGUAUAUAUUGUCAACCCAUGUUCAGGUUGGCUCAAGUGGGAAUCAUGAGAAUGCUGUGCAAUCCUAAUUUAAGUUAAAAAAAAAAGUUUAAUUGAGGUUUGCAAAGACCUGGGCUGGCCCAGGUUGCAGAGUUGAACAUGUUUUUCUUCCAAUUAGUUUUGAAGAAAUUCUCAUUGAGAGGCUUACUCUCUAAUCUCAGACUGUAAGUCUCUCAACGUGACAGACUUACUUCUGUCAUCAUUUCUAUCCAUAAAAAAGUCAUGUUUUUAAAGAUGAUUUGUUUAUAAAUGUUGGGCCCUAUGGCUUUUUAUUAAUUGAAACUCAUAGUGUCUUAGUACUGAAAUACCAUUGACUAACUGAAAGAGAAAUCUCUAUUUGCAUGGUUUCCCUGUAUGAAUUAUAUCUCAUUACUAAAAUCAAAUGGGGCUGGCUUUUCAGUGUGUAUAUAGUUUUGUGUAAACAGUGAUGUCCUGAUUCUUGUAUGUGAAAGUGAAACUGAUAAAUGUCAAAUGAAAGUGCUGGUAUUUGCUGAU